UAAGCUGUUCCUUUAAAAUCAGUGCCCGGGUAUGGCAGUUCCCUGUCAAUGACUGUGUGGUGGACACGAAAGACUUUAGAGAAGAAUUACAGUACUGCCGGAAAAGUUCAUUGAAGUGUGUAAAUACAGCAACAACAUCCAACUUUCGUUGGCACUGUGUAACCAGUCUCCUAGUUGGGCCAUAGGGAGCGAUCGUCGCACUGCUUUUGGGCUACCGUGGCGAGGACGUGCCCCAACACGAAGGUUCCACACUAUGAACUCAGAUGAAACUUUUCCCCACGAUGGGCCCAUCUACGUUCAGGAGCAAGGUGUUUUACGCUGUACAAACUAUCCACACAAGGUUGUCAAGUCAUUUGGGAAAAGGCCUCUAAGGCUUACUUCUAAUGAUGUAACUUUGCGAACGAGAGCUGUUCACGGCCAGAGGAAAGACCACUUCAUCAACACUCUGGACAGCGAGGGGAACAUCAGACAUACUGCAAAGUCCUUACUUGAUCUGUGUUUACUUUACGUUGGUGAGAAUGUUGAAUGCAUUGAAUCUCUCGUUGGCUUUCCCGAACAAAUGGCUGCCAGGCUUUUUGCAGUGGCAGAAGAAAAGAAAAAGUUUUCAGAGGAAGAGACGGGUUGCAGGGCUUUGCAGGUUUUUUGUGAAGCAUAUGAAGAUCUAGUGCUGAAGUCAUUAUGCUUGAGGAACAGAUUUUCAGUGGUCUUUGAAAAAUGGGAAGCUAUCAAGACAUUUCAGAGUGUCCACUGCUUGGACCUUCAUGGAUGCGAGUUGGGUGACAGUCAUGACAUCUUUGAAUACUUAACAUCAGACAACUUGAGCAGGAGUCUUUCCCAGUUGUUCCUCGGGGCAAACGGUCUUUCUGACGCUGGCCUUCAGAAACUCACAGCCCCAGUCAGAAUAAUGAAGAGAGGGCUUCAGAACCUUGAACUGCUGGACCUAAGUUACAAUCCAAUCUCCGAAAGGGCACUAGGUUACUUGGCUUGUUUUCAGAAACUGCAUGGUCUUGACCUAUCUGAAACCCUUAUGAAGCCAGGGACAUCGUUGAAUGGACUCCUAUGGCGUAAAAUGAGGCUGGUUUCCUCUGACACCCCCCUGAAAGCAUUUUCACACUCGUGUAAAACUGAGGGCUGGGCAGAAGAGGUAAUACGUCAAUGGGAAGUGGAGGCUGUCAGUAUGCAGAAAGUGAAGACGCCAAGAACAAGUGCCCAUCGUUUUUAUGGAGUCGAGAAGAUGUUCCAUGAAAAACUGAAUGUCAGUGCUGUGAGUGAGACGUUGAGGCUGCAGUUCUACAGGCCCGAUCCAGAGACAGAAUUUCAAGUGUCGCAGGUGAAGCGGGAUGGGAAGAAAGAGGCCCCAAUGGACUUGCCAUCAAAGAGGGACUUGAAAAGAAAACUGUCCCCAGAGAGUGAGGCAGCAGUUUUGAGCAGCAAGGUUGUGAAACGCCAGUCCGUACCCUCAUUUUCUGCUGAAGAUUUGGACUUAUUGAACAGUUACUGACACAUUUGUCAAUAUCUGGCUGGAAAUAUUACAAGGGAAGGAGCUGGCUGGUUCAGAUAAAACGUUCAAGGUUGAGAAUAUUUAAUAUUUACAAUAAAAACUCCAAUAGAACUU